AUGGUACAAGUUAAUAUUGCUUCAACGGGUGGAAGUUCGAAACCAAAGCCUGUCAGUGAUCCACAAGUAGGAUGGUUUGUAUAUAUUCUCGCCUUUGCUGCUGUCAUAGGUGGUUUCCUUUUUGGUUAUGACACUGGUAUUGUUUCGGCUGCUAUGUUGUUUGUGCCGGAUGACAAAAGUAUGAAACCAAUGAGUUCAGAAUGGCAAGAAGUUAUCGUCAGUAUUACGCCAGGAGUUGCUGUAUUUGGUUCACUGCUCAGUGGAAUUGCUUCUGAUCUUUUCGGAAGAAAAAAAAUCAUAUUAAGUGCCUGUAUAAUAUUCACUAUCGGGGCCAUAAUAUGUGCGGUAGCUUGGUCAAAAAUCAGUUUACUCUUUGGCAGAAUUCUACUUGGCUUAGCUAUAGGUUUCGCUUCUAUGGUAGUACCUGUAUAUGUGGGAGAAGCUUCUCCUUCGCAUAUCAGAGGUCGUUUGCUUACUGGUUUUCAAUUGAUGGUAACAGUCGGAUUAGUCGUUUCCAACGUGAUUGGAGGAGCUUUCAGUUACAUUGACAGUGUGGGAUGGAGACUUAUGUUCGGGUUUGCUGGUGUUCCAGCUAUCAUUCAGUUUGUCUGUUUCAUUUUUCUGCCUGAGAGUCCAAGAUGGUUGUUUGAGCACAACAGAGCGGACGAAGCUGAAGAGGUUCUCAAAAAAAUUUAUGGAGGUAAUAAGGAAUGGGUCGACUAUGAAAUGAGCGAAAUCAAGGAAUCUUACGAAUUAGUGGUUAAAGCACAAAGUACUGACAGUGGCCCUGUACUGUUCAGAGUCCUCAGAACUCCUCAUGUACGGAAAGCUCUCUUUAUCGGAAGUAUGUUGCAAGCCUUCCAACAGCUCUCUGGUAUCAACACUGUGAUGUACUAUACAGGAAAUAUUAUUCGUUCCGCUGGAGUUAAGAAUAAGCACACUACGAUUUGGAUUUCAGUUGGAACUUCAGCUGUUAACUUUAUUGGUACUUUCAUUCCAAUGGCGUUAAUCGAAAAAGUCGGAAGAAGAGUGUUGUUCAUUUGCUCGUUAAUUGCUGUGAUUAUCACUGUGUCUGCUAUGGGAGUAGCAUUCCUUCUGAUCAGUAAAGACUCUGCUGCAGUCUUCCCACAGUCCAACUACACUAUAAAUGGUACACUGCCUCAUGCACAACACUGCCUGACUUUCAAAAAUUGCGAUGCAUGUGUCACAGAUGAUAAUUGUGGUUUUUGCGAACUUAAAGGAAGCAAGACAGGUUAUUGUCUACCAUUCGGAGCUGAUAACACGGAUACUAAAUCAGCGACUGGACAGUGCAGCGUACCGCAAUCUAAAUCUGAUCCUUACGAAUGGGAAGAUAACUACUGUCACACAAAGUACACUUCACUUCCCAUAAUUAUUAUGGUUCUCUAUUUAUUGGCCUUCUCUACAGGAUAUGCUCCUCUACCAUGGGUUAUGAAUGCCGAAUUCUAUCCUCUAUGGGCUAGAAGUACUUGUGUUUCUAUUUCAACUGCGUCCAAUUGGACGUUUAACCUUCUCAUCUCGCUGACAUUCUUGUCACUCAGUCAAGCUAUUACUAAAUACGGGACUUUCUUCCUAUAUGGUGGUUGCUCUGUGAUAGCAUUGAUCUUCGUUUAUUUCUUCGUUCCGGAAACUAAAGGAUAUUCCAUCGAUGAAGUUGAACAGCUAUUCAUGUCCAAAAAAGAAAGAGCUAAUGCUAAUGCUAUUGCCAAUGCUCAAGCAGAAUUUUCUGAAUCUCAUAACCCAAAAUCUGAACUAAGGUUUUGA